AUGAACAGAUCAAUCUGUUCCCAUUUGGAAUUGCAUAAAAAAGAUUUUUCAUCUCAGAGGGGUAUACGAAUAAUUCUGGGAACACGUCAGCGGCUGCUGGCGUAUUUGUCAAAGAAAAAUAGAGUAAGUUAUAAGAAAUUAAUUGGUCAGUUGGAUAUUCGGGAGCCAAAAAAUCGUUAA